ACGCUAAAUUCACAGAGGGCUAUGUGGUAAAUAUUGAAUCAACGACCUGUGUGUGUACUCAGCUCGCGUAUCAAAUUUGAGAUGUCCCAUUGAAAAUAAAAUGCUGGUAGCCAUGUAAUGCAUAUAAAAUCACCUGAGAUCGCUGAGUGACGGCUUGUAUCACUGUGAAGUCAUGAUUAAAGCCGUGGUUUGACAGAUUAAUUCGGUAUCUGAUAACUGAAGCCGUGGAGUUGCCAUAAUUGAGGGACCAGUCGAUACAGACAUGGAAUCAAAAUUUUCCAAGAAGAACACACAGGAAAAAGUGAAGGAGAAGGUUAUUACCUACUGCUCUAAAGAGCAAUGGAAGUCACGGUUUCCUUUCGUCACUUGGCUGCCAAAGUAUCAAAAAGACUGGAUCAUUAGCGACGUCAUCGCUGGAUUGACUGUCGGCCUGACGGUACUCCCUCAAGGUUUAGCCUAUGCCAACAUCGCUAAACUGCCAAUUCAGUAUGGUCUGUACUCAGCUGCUCUCGGCGGUUUUAUCUACUGUCUUCUGGGGAUGUCCCGUGACAUAACUAUAGGGCCGACUGCCAUUAUGUCACUUUUGGUCAGUGGCUACGGUGUUGCUUUGGCGGAUGACCCAGAGACAAAUGACCCGACGUAUGCCAUCCUUCUAGCUUUCUUCUGCGGAUUCAUUCAGAUCAUGAUGGGCAUAUUCCAUCUUGGUUUUGUGACAAACUUUAUUUCAUCGGUUGUGAUAUCAGGUUUCACGUCAGCUGCUGCUAUCACUAUCGGGUUUGGGCAGUUGAAGAAUAUCUUUGGUGUCAAAAUGGCGUCAGAAUCAUUUUUCCAUGAUUUUAAGGAAUUAAUUAAAGUUAUUAAAUACACAAGAAAAUGGGACACACUUUUAGGUGUCAGUUGCAUGGUGGUCCUGGCAAUAUUAAGAUGUUGCAAACAAUAUAGCGAUCGACAGACAAAAAAUCUGCAGGGUACGACGAUGUCAACCCAAAAGAAAGUGUUGCUGAAAAUCAUGUGGUUAUUUGGAACUGCUCGUAAUGCAGUUGUUGUGAUGUUAACCUGCGGGAUCGCGUAUGCAUUGAAAGUAAACGGAAUGACCACAGUGUUCACGCUUACUGGUAAUAUGACAGCAGGCAUCCCACCGCUCAGAGUACCGGAUUUCCGUGCUCCGAAUAUUUUAGAGGUGCUUAACUCUGGAAUAAUACUUAUCCCACUCAUAGGCUUUCUUGAAAAUGUUGCCAUUGCUAAAGGAUUUGGUCGUAAAGGGAAUUAUAAAGUAGAUUCAAACCAAGAACUUAUUGCUGUUGGUGCUUGUAAUCUUGGAGGGUCAUUCUUGUCAUCGUAUCCAAUUACUGGCAGUUUCUCAAGGUCAGCCAUUAAUUGUCAAAGUGGUGUACGAUCACCGUUAGCUGGUAUUAUUACAGGAUCGUUGGUGUUGAUCUCGCUUGCAUGCUUGACGCCACUGUUCCAGUAUAUUCCAAAAGCAUCACUAGCAGCAGUAAUUAUAUACUCCGUCAUCUUUAUGGUUGAUUACAAAAUUGUCCCCAACUUAUGGCGGGUGCGAAAGAUGGAUCUUGUGACCCUAUUCACGACAUUCUUCUUGUCACUGCUGUUGGGUGUAGAAUAUGGAACUUUGAUUGGCAUUGGUGUAGACCUUUUAAUAUUACUUGGUCCAAUUUCUCGUCCUGGCGCUAAGACACAUAAAGUCGGUAAUGUGACAGUGAUACAGUUGGAACGAGGUUUGAACUAUCCCGCCCUCAACAAGGUUGAGAACUUACUAGACGAACAUGUCAUGUUUAUGGGCGGUGUAAACUCUGUCAUCUUUGAUUUUACUCAUGUUGCUGACACAGAUUAUUCCGUCAUAGAGGGUCUGCAAAAUGUCUUAAAUGACUGCAAAUUGUUAAAUGUUCAGGUUGCAUUUGCUUGUGUGAGGCAAAAAGUGAACAUAAAACUGUCCAGAAGCAAUAUUCCCAACUAUGAAAAAUUCAUGUUUAAGACUGUAGAGGACGCCCUGAAUGAGUUUUCUGAUAAUGAUCUUGUGCCGGAAGAAGAUGAGGAGGAGACAGUAAUGGGAGGAGAUGGGGAUUCUGAUAGAUAUAAUAAAGUACCAGAGAAGAUGGUAGUUGAAAUAGAAACUUAGGAAUUCAAUCAUAUUUAAAUUAUUUGAGAAUCUAAUUUAUAAACAUUAAUAUCAUUCUAACACGGUUUGGAAAUCUUGUAUAUAAAUAAUUGCUGCAAUAAUAUAUUUAUAGAAGUGUAUUUGUGGUUGUAAUGUACUGGUAAUUAGGUGAACUUAAAAAAUGUAAAAUUUCCCUUUCUUUGUUGAUGUCUAAAAUGCUAUCAGGGUUUUUUUUGGUGCCAUAUGUUCUAGUCCACCUGUACAUUCCUGAUCUGAGGUGCCACUUGUUAUUGUCCAACCUGUUAGCCACCUGUACAUUCCUCAUCCCGGGUGUCAUUCAAGUGCUGUUUACUGGCUCUGAUCUUACACGGCAACUAAUGGUUAGCCGGAUCCUGCUAACCGUUAGCUGCCGUGUGUCCAUAUGAGAAGAUCCCGAUCCGGAUACCAAGAAUAUGAAGAUCGAAUAACUGGCCAGUAAGAAACUGGAAAUUGUUCUAGUCCACCUGUACAUUCCUGAUCUGAGGUGCCACUUGUUA